AUGGGGUUCCUAUCAUUUGUACGAGAUGAGCGCAUUGUUGCAGUUGGCCUCGGCGUUGCUACAGCGGCCAGUCUCAUCGCGAUGUGCGUGAUCCUCGAGCACUAUAGGGACGAAGCCGAGAUCAAACCGACACAACCGAAGACCCAGUACAUCACCCAAGACACCGAAGACUCGCUUCAAAUCGGCACUCUGCAGAGCCUGCUGAAUCACUACAACUUCGCGAUACGAGAUACGGCGCUGAAGAUCGUUGCCGGACGAGCAGUUAAUGAUGGCUCAGUCAUUGACGAUCUGCUAUGGGGCAUCACCCGCGAGGACUACGAGGAGCGUAUGAAGUGCCUGAGAACGCUUGCCUUCGCUGUGGAAGACAAGGAGACUCUCCAGGAUCCGCUAAGCGUGCUCAACACGCCCAAAGGCUACAGCGCCAUCGUCCGAUCGCUCGAAAUAUGCCUCGAUGAUACAGAGCACGCGACUCUCGACGACCCGCUGUACGACGAAUACUACCUGCGCGACAUUGGCGAGCGACGCUGCCUCUUGUUGGCCCACCAGCUUAUCCACAAGUACGAUGUGGACAAGCUUAUCGAAGCCAAGUUCAUUGAUAAAUGGCUUGCCAAACAACCAUGGGGCGACACAGAGAAGGAAAGGCGUAACAACUUCGCCAUGUACAUGAACCGCAGAAAAAAUCGAAUCCGCGAUAUCUGCCUUUGUCUCCAGGCGACCAAAGCAGGCAGGAAAGCUCUGGUGAAAGCGAAGCUGAUCACCAAAACCAAACGGCCGAAGUGGGACAGAUCCGAUCACAUCCAAGUCGUCCUGGAGUUUAGUAUGGGCAGUGAUGGCGAUGGCGACGGUAUACAACUUCGGAAUACUGAACUCGUCCCGCGUGUGAACGAACAGAGUGUUGAGGAACAACGCCUCCGCCGAAGACAUCGGGAGGCCAUGGUGCUGAACGACGGGACACACUCACUUGGGCGUGGCGAUAUCAUCGAGCGAGAGCAUGACUCUAACGGCUGA